GACAAGGCAAUUGUAAUUUCGAAAGGAAGAAGUGUCGCUUUGGUAUCAUCUUUUUUUGAACAAACCAUUAAAUCAAGAGGAGUUGGCUUAAAUAUGCGUUAUAUUCACGAAAUUGUGUAUUUUCUAGUUGAGCAACGUCACCUUUCGGUAAAAAUCGAUCGCAAUAUAUGUAUGAAUGGCUUGUUUUGAUUUUGUUAGAAGACCUGGUUCUCGUACUGUCGUACAUCCAUUAUAACAUUGUUCAUAGCUCUUUUUGCAAUCAUUUUGUUUCGUCGAUUACAGAACCAACCACUAUUGAAUAAUAUUUUUAAUUUAAUGAUCCAUUUCGAUUCUACAAUACAUUGACAUAACUCAGAAAGUGCUUUUUCGAAAGAAUUUAAGUCGACGGAACUAACCAUCGAAAACUUCCUACGAAUCAAAUUAAAUAAUAAAAGAUGACCAACAGCUAGGAAGAAAAGAUACACAAAAGUAGUAGAAGAUAAUGGCAAGCCCACAAGAAAGAAAGACGAUUACAAUGAAUCGCUUAAAAAAGAAAUUGAACGAAUCAAAACAAUCAUUGGCAGAUGAGUUUGACUUUAAAUGGUAUAUUGCCUUUUCCUUUAAAGAUAAGAGGAAAAAAACAGCUUUGUUUGAAGCGAAACAAGUCGUCUCUGUUAUGACAAAUACCUUUGAAACUUACAUUGUAAAAGGUGCCCAGGACAACAUGUAUUCGUUCGAUAGUUCUCAAGAAUUGUUGGAUAAAGAUAUGGUUCAGUUACAUGCAUCUCAAUAUUGCCCUCUGAGAAGUGAUAUGCCAGGAUGCGUACGAGAUAUAGACUUCAUUUUGUGGCCAAGAAAUGACUUAGCUGGCAUGAAAUGUUUCUUAUUUUCUCGAUGGAAAGGAGAUGCCAAGUAUCGUCAUGUUGAUGUAAAGUUUGAAUGUGAUGCUAUUGAUUAUGAGAAACAAGUAUUUCAGCUCCUUGGUAAAAAGCGUGUUAAAGAUGCUGUUGUAAAUAAUCCACAAGAAAACAUCUUUCUGUUCUUGGAUCAACAAAACUGGAAGUCCAGUGAUAACAAUCUUUCAUUGUUCAAACUGUCCAACAUCUGCAUCUGUUUACCUCAGGAUCAUUUGACAAGAUGGAGCGUACAAACAGAAAAUCAAGUUUUACAAGAACAUACACCAGAAUAAUGACUUGAUGUUUUUAUUUUCUACUUUCUUAAUAUUUACGUGAAGUUAAUUAGUAAUUGCUGCACUUCUGUGUUGCCGAGAAAUUAAUGAAUUUAAAAUUUGUUACUUUUAUUGGAAAUGUGACAAAUAUACAAUGUAUCAUUUGGAGAAAAUAAAAUAAAUGCUGGCUAUUACCAUAUGCUACAUA